CCUUUCAUUUUACAAUAUCGUGUGCGCUUACGUGUUGUCCGUGAAGGUUUUUACAGCUCGUGACCCUCGCCGGACAACAUAUUACGUAUACGUAGAAAAGACCAAAAGCACAUGGUUUCCAUUACUCUUAUUGGCUUUGAGAAAGUGCUGUGUUUCUGGUAAAAGUGGCUCGAUACAAUGGCACCUUGUCGUCAGCUGCUUAUGUGGUCAGUGCCAUCAAUAGCAGUGCUAAUCGGCAUAUUUUGGUUAAAGAAAAAGAAAGAAUAUGCCAAAUCUGACCCAGGAGGAAGAGAAAGACUAAAAAGUUUAAAAGAGGAAUUAGCAGAAGCAUUGAAUGCUCAAGCUGAGUUGAACAGGACCUCUCCUCUGGGAAAGGCUGAGCGAUCAAUAAUUAAAUCUGCUCCAAUUGACAUCAUUCCUAAAGGUAGCGGAUCACAAAGGUCUUCUUUUGAACUGACUGAUGAAGAGGUUGACUUGGAAAUAGACAAAAUAAUAAGAAAGAAAUCUCUUGAAAAAGAUAAGAAAUCGUCAGUGGAAGUAGGGAAACAGUAUAUGAACUGUUCAUACAUUUCUUCAACAAUGAAUCAAAACCCGGUUGCAGCAAAAGAAUCUGUAGCACAUAAAUUUUCACCACUUCAAACUGAAAUGUCUUGCAACAAAGGUGAUAAAACACUUGACUUAAAAGUCAGUGUCACCGAUGCUGCCAUCAUUGAGAAACAACAUUCAGAAGAUGAGUCUGUGACAGAAAUUUUGCAACAAGAUAGUACAAAUUUUGACAAUAACAAAACUGAAGAUGUUUCCACUGAAGAGGGGGAUAUGGUCAAUGACCAUGAUGAUCUUAAUAGUAACAAUAAUGUAAAUGAUAACAAUAAUAUUAAUGAACCUAGUGAAAGUAAUGAAAGCAAUAAUACUUACUCAUCACAGAAUAGAAGAAUUUCAGAGAGGGAUUCAGCAAAUCAUAGUCCCGUAGAUCCUUUGUUAGCUAGUCCUUCAAUGUGUCAUUUUUCGGAUAGCCACAGCGAGGGAUCAAGUGAUAGUGGUAAAGGAUGUUCAGAAGCAGCUAGUCCACCCCCGGCCAAUUUAAAUAUGGUUCCUUCGGAUUCAGGUCUUAGAAUACAUCAAUUUGUAAUACCUCAGAACUUGGUCGGUCUAUUAAUAGGCAAACACGGAUCAUUUGUUAACCAAAUUAAAGCUAAAACUGGGGCAAGUGUUUAUGUAAGAAGACAUCCAGAUUCUGUUAAACAAAAAAUUUGUGCAGUAGAAGGGACUCAAAAUGAAAUUGAGGCAGCUAUAGAUAUGAUAAAAGAAAAAUUCCCAGAAAAGAGAUUCCCCAAUUUUUCAAUUCAAGAAAUUAGUGCAGAACUAUAUCAAAGAUUAGCACCAUUUAUACCAGAAUUUCUUCAAUUGCAGCUUGUGGAAUCUGUGAACAAUGACACCAUAAUGACCUGUCUGGUGAGCGCGGGGCACUUCUUCCUGCAACAGCCGCUGCAUCCGACCUUCCCUUCGCUGCACGCGCUGCACCGUCUCAUGGCGGCCACCUACCAGAACCCGGACGUGCCCUCCCUGCCGCGCCCAGUGAAAGAGGGUUCAAUCUGCGCAGCGCCAACAGAGAACAACUGGUAUCGCGCACAAGUUAUAUCGACGUCGGAGGAAAACGACACAUCUGUGGUGAAGCUGGUUGACUUUGGUGGUUAUCUCACCGUUGACAACGACCAGCUCAAGCAGAUACGUUCAGACUUCAUGACUCUGCCUUUCCAGGCGACAGAAGCACUUUUAGCAUUUGUCAAACCCGCCAACAAUGAAGAGGAUUGGAGCAGCGAGGCGCUGCGUAUAAUGGCGGGACUGACUGCGGGGCAGUUGCUGCACGCGCAGGUCGCCGGCUACGACGAGGCCGGCCUUCCUCUCGUGCACCUCUAUCUUACACUCAACCCACAGCAAGUAAUAUUCUUGAACAGAGAGCUGGUGGAGCGCGGGCUGGCGGAGUGGGACAUUCCGCCGGACUCGUGAGCCGGUCACCGUUUGCAUUUCGGUCAAUGUACUUCAACAGACCCCAUUGUCCUCUAAUAUCUUAAGAAACGCAGUUUCGCAAUGUGAGUUGUGUCAUACAUUUGUCUCGCACGUUCUUCGAUUUAAACACCAACAGGAUUAUGUUUAAAUUAUUUAAUUUUUUUACGACUGGUAAUAUUGGUUGUGUUUUGACACGACUUGUAACAAAAUAUACUUAUUUUACAUGUCAACUUGUUUCAGUUAUAAUUUUACUAGUUCAAAGCAUUCAGAUGCUGUUACAAUAUUCUUUAUUAUAAGGGAUUGAAAAUUCUUUUUCGCGACUUGUUCAUCUAAACUCAAGUAUAAAUUUGCAAUAAUGUUACUUUAGGAUACGUAAGUUAAUUUUAGAUCACCAAUUGGUUCGUAAAUUUCAAGUUUACUUCUAUAAUAUUUUUUUAAUGAUUUUCUGAACGGUCAGGAUGCUCAUUGUAAUACUGCCUUAUGCAUUUCUGAAGUCAAAUGUUGAAGAUAUUAACAAAGAGAACAAUUCAAAUCUAAAUAUUGAUCCAUUUUAAUUGUAUUUUUAUAGAGUGCUUUAAGACUGCUUAAAUUGUGCCUUUGAAACAGAUAUCCGUUACAGCAGCCUUAUUACAAUAAAAUAUACGAGCCACAUUCUGUUGGAAAUUGCAGUAUAUAAAUGUGUUACGUAUAAUCGACUGUUAUAAUAAAUAUAGUUAUUGUAGAUUAUUUGUAUAAUACCUAUGUAAAAUAAGAAAGUAGAAGUAUAAUGUUGCGUGUUUGCUUUAGUGAAAAUGUAGUUCGAAAGUGUGUAAAAUUUAGAAGCGGCACUUCCAUACAUACAAAAAUAUUGACAAAUUAAUUUUGACUCGUAUAAAUGACUAAUUGAAUACAUUUAUGCAUACAAAAUAACACAUUACAAUAAAGUGAAUAAUUGAAGUGUU